CUCAACACAUUUCCCGAGGCGAUGCCGCAAUGCUUUGAAAGCCAGACCUUGGUUCCUCCUGGGACAACAGCAAAGAGGAUUCAUUGGGUGUCCCCAGAGCUCCCCAAAGCCUCAUUGGCCACCAGAAAGCUGUGGAGGUCAAACAUCCCUCCAGAAACAGCACAAACCCACCCAGCUUUGCUCCUUCAUCUUCAUCCGGGUGGCUGACACUGAUCCUGGGACUGUUCCAGCCUAGAGCUCCUCCUACCUGUGACCCAGGAUCCCAGCCCACCCUCUGCCAUGAAAAUCCUUCCUUUUCUCCUUGUUUUCCUCUUGGUGGCAUUUCACGGAGCUGCAGGUAGAAGCUUGGCAAGGCCCAGGAGACCUUACAUGGAGUGUGGGUAUCGUGGGACCUUCUGCCACAGGGGGAAAUGCCCUCGUGGCAACGAUUACCUGGGGUCGUGUCGUUCUGGGUACAGUUGCUGUAGGUGGUAA